GCACAAGAGCGCUCUAGACCUGUUGUUGUUGUUUUUGUGUGUGGUCAUUUGGCAACCCUGAGCUUGAUUGACCGCACUACAAAGAGCCAAGAAAGAGGUGCUGGAAAAGGAGGCUGGAGGAGACCCAAGAGUGAAAAAAAGGCCAUGGCCAGACCGAUCACACAUUUCAUAGAGUACGGCGGAAUCACCCUUCCUGGCCUCGUGCAUAAUGAAGCAAGUGUCCGGUACGCCCAUCAGGUCUUCCAGGUGCGAGACAGCGACGUCUUCAACCUCACGUACCCCAAAUCUGGAACGACUUGGAUGCAAGAAAUCCUCACCCUGAUCCACAACAAUGGGGAUCCCACACAGUCGCAAUCGGUCCCUUCCUGGGAACGGGUGCCGUGGAUUGAACAGAAGACGGCAGCCGAAUUCCUGGAGAACCGGCCCAGCCCCCGUCUCAUCAGCUCUCACUUGCCCUUAUCACUCUUCCCAGAAUCAUUCUUCACCUCACAGGCUAAGGUCAUUUACACGGUCCGUGACCCCAGAGAUGUCUGUGUAUCGCUCUACUAUUAUGCCAAGAUGUCUUCAUUUCUGGAAUACAGGGAGAAUUUUGGAGAAUUCAUCGAGUUGUUUACUGCUGGGAAAAUUCUUUUUGGCUCCUGGUUUGAUCAUGUCAAGGCUUGGUUGACCUACAAGGACCAGACAAACUUUCUCCUUCUGACCUAUGAUGAAUUGCUGAAGGACCUACGGGGAAGCGUUCUUCAUAUCUGCCAAUUCCUGGAGAAGGAUUUAGACGCAUCUGCUGUCAACUCUGUGGUGGAAAACGCCUCCUUUGAGAUGAUGAAGGGCAACAAGAUGGUGAAUUACAGCCUCAUUUCUGAAGACAUUAUGAACCACAAGAUCAGCCCCUUCCUCAGGAAAGGGAUUUCUGGGGAUUGGAAAAAUCAUUUCACCUUGGAGCAAAGUGAUGCAUUCCGUCAGCUGUACCAGGAAAAGAUGAAAGAUGUGGGGAUCAAAUUUCCCUGGGAUGAACUCCAAAGCGAAAUCCACCAGGAAUUUGGAGAGGGAAAUGAUAACGCUGCAUUUCCUCUUUCCUAACUCAUUCAGCAAUCUUUGCUUUGAGAAAUAGCCUAUUUUCUUCACCUAAUAGGCCCCACACCCUUCUUACAACAAUGCAAGAAUCUCAGCUAUCUGUGCAGUUUUGGCUUUUGGCUUUGAGCAAUUCCCAAGUAAGAGCUCUCUUAAUUCACUCAGAUAGCAACCAGAGGGCCAGCAAAUGCCAUCAGCAGAAUGAAGGGGCAAAUGUUUUCUUGGAGUGUAUCAUAUCAGGUGGUGAUGGUUAGUGGUGAUGUACCAUGUAUGAAUGUUCCCCCGCCCAAAAAAUGCCUUUCUGCAUAUAGAAAACAAGCCUGCCGGGGGAAAAGCAUAACAAGAAAGAAGAUUUGGCCUAGUCUUCUCCUUUAGAUCCUAGUUUUCUUCAUGCGGGGAGUUUUGCCAUGGAAUAACAGAAGAGUUCUAUUUUGUUCUGUCACCGCCGUAUAUAAUUCUGUGUCUGUCUU